AUGCGAACGCAGAUAGAUAUAGAGACAUUUAGUGUGGCUGCUUUAAAGAUGGCACUGCAAGCUAUGCUUAGGCGUAUUGGGACCUUGCGACUGCCCAACUACCGGGGGCAGACUCUCACUCGUCGCACCUUGAUCCCGGCCCCGCGCUCUAAUUCAGGUCCUCUAAUGGAGAGACGAGCAGACCGAGAACUGCCAGCUGUGAAUACAGACCGACGAUGGAUGCGAACGCUGCCCAUAUUUGCCGUUGUUGUGGGUGCUGCGAUGUUGGGGAUUUUCAACUACCAGAAGUCGUCUUCGAGCGUGGUCAGUAGCACUCUUUACGCCCUUCGUACAUCGCCACGCGCCCGGGAGAUCCUAGGCGAUGAGAUAUAUUUUGCUCAAAAAAUACCGUGGAUCAGUGGUGAAAUGAAUCAGCUACAUGGACGUAUCGACAUCUCCUUUUGGGUAAAAGGGACAAAAUCUCAAGGCAAAAUGAAGUUCAGAAGCAUUAGACCGAACCGAAUGAGCUACUUUCACACCGAAGAAUGGAGUCUAGAAACGGAGGAUGGAACUGUUAUCCAAUUACUCGAUAAAGGCAAUGACCCGUUCCAUCAAAGCCAUUGA